GGCUGCCGUCGUCGAUCACAGAGAUACCCGACGACGAUGCGUGCGCUUCGUCCCACGUGUCUUGCCCUGCUCGCGGCGCUCCACUCACUGCUCGCGGACGACCAGGCCAACUGGUGUGCCGGGUUUGACGAAGUCGUCUUGACCAUCGACGGUCCGUCGCCUGCGUCCCGCGUCGGGGGCAGUCGUCUCUCGCCCAACAUGACCUUCAACAGCAGCGUCCUCGAAGAUGCCUAUGCGUUCUACCAAGUGUGUGUUGCCCGCCAUACGCACGAGCACGCGAUCGAGGUCGACGUCGUCGCCGUCACAGGCGACACGACGCUCUUCUUAUCGGCCGAGAACCCACUGCCGCAGCGCGGCCACUCGUCGUGGAUUGCACAACAGCGCGGCAACGACCACGUGUCGCUGCCAACGUACUUGCCCGAAUUUGCCCGCGACGGCCCCCGUAUGGCACUGUACAUUGGCGUGCUCGGCGUCGCGCCAGGGGCGUCCAACUUUACGCUCACAGUCGCCAUCAAGGACUUGCCCGAGAACUCGGACAUUCGAUUGCGGCAAGAGUACUACGACAAAUCGCGCCGGUCGCUGCUCGAGACACGACGUCUCCGCCGUGCGCCUAGCAUGCCCUAAAAAUGU